CUAGUGGGAAAAGUAUGAAAUGGCUAAGAACUUUAACAAGGCCUUUUCUUGGUGAGUAUAGGUGUACAGUAAUUUUAUGGGGGAAAACACUUGUUUGUAUAGUCCUAAAAGUAUAACCGCCGAUAUAUUAUUUUAAUUAUACUCAUGUAUAUGUUAUUAACAAUGCUAUAUAUUUACUGGCAUUGUGUGGAUUAACCUACGUUGUUCAUAGGGAAUGUGUUCUUUUAAGAGCACAACAUGAGCCAUUCCAAUAUUACUUUAUAAUGUUUUAGGUUCGGUUAAAUAUUAUCGAAAUAUAGCUGGAACAUAAAUUUUACGCUUCGUGUACACCAAGUAUUCUCAUGGCCAUGGGUUUUUUAUGUCAUACUCAUGCCCAUAACAAAAGUGUUUUUUUAAUUACGGAGGAAAAGUUGUACGUUUUCAAAACCUUCGACCAUUUGUAUAAGCUAGAGAUUUGACGAAAAUUUCUAAACCCUCCUAGUAAAUCCUAAGCAUUAAAAUGAUCACACACUAAAUAGCUAGCUAGUCAGGAGGAUUUACCGAUAUUUCCUCUCAUUUUGUAUCUAUAUCUACUACGUACCGUAGCCAUGCAUAUAUAGCCAUAUAGCCAUUAAUUCAUAUACAGAGUGUCUCAAGAAAAACGCUAUGGAAAUUCUACAGACUGUCGUGCAUCAUAUAUACGUGGCUAAACAAUUCAAUUUUUACAUAGGACGAAAGAACAGUUAUUUAGCUUUUGAAUGAUACUUUUUAAAUCGUAACGAUGACAUAUGGCCACAUACUCGUCAAAUAAAAAUUGCCGGUCGAAAUCACAUUCUUCCACCGUUGCCGCGGCGUUAGGAAUUGCAUGGACAACGAAACAUAAACAAUUCCCAAGAGGGAAUUAAAAUUGAAUAUUAAAUUAUCUAAAAUAAGCUCAACUCGUCAAUCUUCGUCUUAGUGAGACCAUAACAACGUCUAUUAUUGCAUUAAACAUGGUUCAAUUAACUACUAAACCGAGAACAUUCGUAAUCAAAACGUCAGUUUACGAAACAAGUACCUUCCGGAUUGACUAACUUUGCAUAAUUAAUGUAUUUUUAAUUCCCAACGGUGGAAGAAUGUGAUUUCGACCGAAAAUUUUUAUUUGACGAGUAUGUAAUGUGGCCAUUUCUCAUCGUUACGGUUUAAGAAAUAUAUCAUAGCAAAGCUAAAUAACAGCUCUUUCGUCCUAUGUAAAAAUUGAAUUGCUUAGUUAAGUUUGUGAUGCACAACAGUCUGUUGAAUUUCCAUAGCGUUUUUUUUAGACACCCUGACCCUGUAUAUAGCUAUACUAACAGUUAUAUCAUGCAUGCAUGUGAAUAUGUAGUAAUAUAUAUAUAUAUAUAUAUAUAUAUAUAUAUAUAUAUAUAUAUAUAUAUAUAUAUAUAUAUAUAUAUAUAUAUAUAUAUAUAUAUAUAUAUAUAUAUAUAUAUAUAUAUACCAUUAUACCGAAGGGAAAUUUAGAUGAAUUGGUUUUGUACUAUUUUUAUUGGAGGUAUAAUAUCUUAGUUAAUCUAGUGAUUUAAACGGGAAUUUGGUUGUGACUUUCUGCCGUAUGUCGAGCAGAUGUUCUUUUAACGUUAAACGUAAAUAAAAGACGCUUUGUCAUGUGGCUUUGAAUAAUAAAUGCAACACCUCCGCGUUCAUUCAAUAAAUUCAUAAAAACAUUGCAUGCGAUAUCAUGUUUGUUUCCCAGUUUAGUUUGUUUUCUCUUAUGUAAUGUACCAAUAUAUUUCCCAGCAUAGAAAUUAGAAUAUUUAACAAUUAUUCGCCGAAGGCGAGGUGAUUAUCGGGGAAUAUUGGCCGAGACGAAGUCGAGGUGAAUAUUCCCCGAUAAUCACCGAGCCUGGGGGCUGAGGCGAAUAAUUGUUUUAGUAUUUUUGCACAAGUUUUUUUGUGUUUUUCUGGUCUGAAUUCAUUUUAAUUUCGCUUAUUUCUUUAUCACUAACGGCUAGCCGCCAUUUUGAAAAUUUCAAUUUUGUUAUAUUCACCUGUAGAUGAAUAUGACAGAUUAAUACGUCAAAUUUGACCAAUCACCUUGUAGGAUUUGUUAUGUUCACUUGUGCAAAAAUACUAAUGUUUAUUACAGGCAGCUUUAGUUUUACAACGACGUUAUAUAUUUUGAUGAGUACUUCAGAAUCUUUGACUUUGUUUGAUUAAUAUGUAUACCGGAAUUACUGCCUACUGCAUGGUGUUUGAUAUUGUACUCGACACAAUUUGUCUUGAUCACCUUACAAAUUGUUUUCUAUACGUCUUUUGUGUUUCAAAAAGCGGAGGCGGUAUAAAUUUGUGAAAAGAACUUUAAGAACCCAACGCAUUCUCAUUAGCCCUUAUCAAAAUUCCACCGCACACGGAGGGACUAAGUUAUGCCUUAUGGGAAUAAAAUCCGUAAACGGUUGAAUCGGGACGACGGGAAAAAAGGCAAAACAUGCACUGUUGGCCUACAGGGGAGGUGGGUGGUUGUUCUUCCCUUCCCUUGUUUGUCUGCACGGUGCCUUCUUCCACGUAUUAGUUUGGUAAGACUAAACUAUCCCAGUUUCUGCAAAUGUAACACCCCCAAGGACACGUGACCCCUUACGCUAUUGUUUCCAGUUUUUCUGGGCUAUUUCCUCAUCGCUUCCUGUACGGUUUUCUUAAUUUCUAUGACUAACGAGAAUAACUGGGAAUUGUAGUGUCUAUACUGUAUACAAAGUGUAUAAAAAACUGCAACCCUAUAUAAUUUGUAUAACAGAACACUGUGCAACUCAUUCUGCUCCUGGAUGGGAUAUGAAAAUACGUUCUAAUUGUCCAUGCACGUUAUGGCAGGGUGUCCCAAAAAUGUCCCCUCUGUUGUUGGUUAAUUACUGCAACUUAUAGCAAUUAACCAACAACAGAGGGAACAUGCAUUUUUGGGACCCACUGUACAGUACGUCCUCAAGCAUGAAAUUCCUUUCAAUUGUGUUUACGAUCAUGCAAAUUCUAAAAAUAUCUGAUUUCAAAGGAUUGCAGUUUUUGAUACACCCUGUACAGUGUGUAUAAAAAAAACUGAACCCUUUCAAAUUCAAAUUAGCUCUAACGUAUUGUAGUAAUUUGACAGCUCUUAUUGCUUUGAAUUAAUGGUUGGGUCAGAACACAAGAUCUUGUACUCACGGGACAAAACUCAAAGAAAUACUGUAUUUCUUUUAAAUUUUCUGAUUUUUAUUUCUUUGAGUUUUGUAUAUUUCUUUGAGUUAUGACUAUAUAGUAUUAAUAGACCUUAUGCAUAAUGCAACAAGGCUUGAUGCCUGCGAGGAAUGCUGGUCUCAGUAGUCAUCGCUCGGGAAAAUUAAACAAUUCAAAAUGGUCACUAUCGAAAUUAUUCGAAUUUAUUCAACAGAAAUUAAUUAAUACUACGGAUUGUUGGGCUACCUAUGAUUAUUCAAGCUAAUAUUAACAUUCAAGCUCUCGUGAUUUUUCCACUUUAUUAUGAUCGCCUCAUGGUGAACUUAUUGAUUCAAACUCGACAAGUUUUGUUGCUCGUGCGCACGGAAUGCUGUUAAACUCGUGUAUCUCACGUCAAGACCGCCGUUUGUUUAUCAAAACCAUAGAGAAGUAUUUCAUGUAGUAUUCUUUAUAGGGAGGGACAAUUAGGAAAGUAAGGGGGGAGGGAAGAAAAAAUAAUCCAUACAAGAAAAUCUUCAUAAAAAAAAUGAAAUGCAUACAGCCAGAAGAUGGCAAAAAAUAUAAAUAUUCCACAACACGAAAAAAACGCAUGCACUGCGCCAAGCCAAAAAAAAACUAAAAUCCAUAAAAAAUUAACCAUGGAAGUCAACUAUAUAGUAUUCAUUUUAAAUGUAUACUUCUGUAUUUCAAUUUAGUUCAAACAAAAUCUGACGAAUUGAAGUAUAGUGCUAUUGAACAUGGUUCAGACCUGGAUGAAUGUAGUGAUGAAGAACAAGAAUUGUUGUUUCAAAAGAGCGGGAAGUGGAAGGCAUCGUAUGUUUCCAAAGCCAAGACAAAGCACAAUAAUCAUAUCGAUGCUGAACACGUGACCAAAGCUUUUUUUCAUGUGACUGGAAUGUCAUGUGCUUCGUGUGUAGCUACUAUUGAGAAAAAUCUUCUGAAAAAAGAAGGUAUGGUCAACCGAUUGGGCGCUUCAUCACGGCUUAUAUGUUUAGCUACCAUUUUUAAACGUUACAUGUAUUUCGUCCAAUAUAAAGGAAUUCAAAAUGGCUUUGGGACCGGGUGAUGAUCUAACAACAGUCCCGAAGGCGACGUUUCAAUUCAAGAGUGGCGUUAUAUCAGUUUCAUUAUAUAUAGAGGCAUUAAGAUUGGCGUUUACGGCAGGCUGCCAACCGCAAAUGGCAAACUACAAAUUUUGUUUUGAGUUCAACAAUUAGCUCAUGUACAAAGUUAGGGUCAUUUGUGCAUUAGAAUUAAAGUAUAUGAGUUACCUACUUAGCUUUCGAACAGUUGUAGAACUUACCUUCAAAUGCGAUUUGAGGUUAGCCCUUUGCGGUUAGCGGUGCAUGGCGUUAAUCGUCAUAACCUACGAAUCCUAAUUUUGUCUAGGUAGGCUAAGUUUUGUCAUGAUUAAUUCGGAAUAGUUUACGUUGACAUUGCAUGUGAAGGAUCACAUAGAGGUGUCUAAGAUUUAUUUUUUUCUCAGGUGUGACUUCAGUUCUGGUUGGUUUACUAGCUCAGAAAGCCGAAGUAAAGUACGACCCCACGAAAACAAAUCCAGACGUAAUAUCGAAAUGGAUCGUGGAUCUUGGUUUUGAGAGCAAGCACAUGAGUCACAAUGAAGGAGCACAGAGUCGUGUUGAAAUUAUUGUAUGUAUUUUAUUCCAUCAGGUUAUGUAUUAUAAUAACCUGCGUGCAAAAUUUAUUGUCUCUAUUCAGGUGUUUCUGGUGCUAAUACGCUGCUGGCGCAACAUAGUAAUUCAGGGCCGUAGGAAGCUCUUUUCGAUUGGGGGGGCUGAAAGCGAGGGCCGAAGGCCCGAGGAAAUUUUUAAAUUUAGAGUCUCUAAAAUGCCAUUUCCUGGACUUUGGGGGAAGAUUUAACAGAAUUCUGAUAGUCAGAAAACAGCGUUCUAGUAUGUCGAAAUUUACAGGAAAGUAUGGGCCAGACUGUAGUAUUAUAAAUGCGCGGCGGGAAUUUUCGUCGUAAAUGGCAGUUGCGUGGAAAUGAAGGCAUUUGAGAAAAUUUCGAAAAUCUGGAGUCUCUAGAUGGUCUGAAAUGGCAUUUUCAGAGUUUUCUUUCGCAAGACCCAACGCGCAAAAGACAAAAUAAAUCAUUAGUUCAUCAAAAAUGUGCAGAUUUUGUGGGAUUUUCUUGAAAAUGCGCGACAGAAAUUCAGCUAAAAUUUCUACGCGAGGAACGAUCUGGAGUAUGAGUAAUAUCUUCAUUCUUUGCAGUUUGUCACAGAUUAAAUGAUAAAGUUUGCAUGAUUUUGAAAAAAGAAUGAUUAUUAGCAAAUUAUUGGGGGGGGGGGCUGCAGCCCCCCCAGCCCCCCCGGUUGCUACGGCCCUGUAAUUGCUUAGCAUGCAAAGCGUAGCAACCUUCCGACUUUCCCAAUCCAGCUUGGACAGCAGAUUGAUUGGAUCAUCUUGUUAGCAUCAAAUAUAUAUGGAGAAUUCUGAUUGGCUGUUAAGAGGUUUCAUAACACACCACCACGGACAUUUAAACAUUUUCGACCAUAAAAAAGCGACCAAACGGAUCAAUGCGUUCAAUUCGGGCCGCUUCUGAGACCGUGUACAGACUAUAUACUUUGACUUAACGGUUUUAAUUUGAAUAAUUCACGCGAGGUUGUGGGAACGUCAAUUCAAUAUAUACAUUUUGGUCAAUAGUUUUUAUUUGAAAUAUUUUCGAGUAAAACAACGUUUUAACUAUCGACCGACGCUUUAUUGAAACCACUAGAAAGUUAUCUUCAGAGUAACUAUAGAUCAAUUUCAGAAAGGUGCCCGAUAUAAUCCACCCUAGUGCGAUAUUUUGCUUAAAUUCCACUCAUAAUACGAAUUAUUCCCUGUGCUGCUAAAUUUUAUCUAAUGACAUCAUAUCCGGCAACUAGACAGUAAAAAAUAUGAUCAGGAUGAGCUUUUUUGUAAUAAAGAUACGUUAUAUUUCUUCUCCGAAUAACCCAAAUACAGUACUGCGCAUAUCAUGUUAGGAUCAUAUUUGAGUCCGUGGCACUUUAAGCGACUGGACUGUAAGUUGGGUUGAAAGUAUAAUGGUUCAUUUAUGGUAACAUUGCCAUAAACGUAGAUAUUAAUGAUUUACUUCCAUGCUGCCAUUUUACCUUUAUUAGAUUCAUGGUAUGACAUGCUCAUCUUGCGUUCACCAUAUUGAGAGCAGUCUAAAGAAGAAACGUGGAGUACUAAAUGUAUCAGUUGCACUUGCGACUGGUAAGGGCAUAGUAGCGUAUGAUUCUGAGUUAACUGGACCGCGAGAUAUUAUAGAUCACAUCCAGGACAUGGGAUUUGGUGCGGAACUUGCAUCAGGUCAUAAACAUGGCGAAGCACUGGAUCAUUCGGAAGAAAUCAAACGGUAAUUGCAUGAUAAAAUAGUAUAGAUAUUUGUAUGGUUUUUGGUAAUUUCUUCCUUGGCAAGGGCAUCACGUUAUAAACCUUUCGUUUUACGAACUUUAAUUUUUAUCCUUGGCCUUACACGUAUCUUCCAUGUUUUCAUGAAAAUUGUAUGUCACAAAAAGCCCUUUUUCCAGAUACUACAAAAUAAAUUACCCUUUCCUAAUAGAACAGACACUGUACCUGAUAGAAUAAGUGACGUUUAUGUUUUUUCUCGCAUGUAUUCGUGUAGACAUUUUUACUCGGGCAAUACUGUCUACUAGUCUCCAUAGUUUAUAUUAAAGCUUUUUUCACGGGGAGGGGGGUGUUGCUGACUUUCAAUAAUGAAUUGUCUAAUGAUGAUUUCAUCCCCAAGCAAAUCGCAAUGUGUAAACUGGAUAUGCUGAAAUGAAAACUUUCGUAUAUUCUUGAAUAAUCAGGGAACGAUUUUGUAUCCAAUUUCUCUUGAAUUAUCAACAAGAAUUACAAGCAUUACUAUGAAAUUCCGCUAUUUUAUUACGGGGUACUCCAUAAUAAUGCAGCGAUUUGUUAAUACCUAGAUGGAGACGCUCAUUUUUCAUUUCCUUGAUAUUUGGGUUACCUGUUAUGGUCAUCAUGAUAUACCACAUGGUUGAAAUGAAGAUGCAUGGAAAAAGACCUGUCAAGCUUCUGCUCCCUGGACUCUCGAUCGAAAAUCUCCUUUAUUUUAUAUUAUGUACGCCAGUUCAGGUAUGUUCCGUGCGAUUAUACAGCCUAGUCCCUAGGCCUCUUAGUACGCCUAUUGCGCGUUUCUGCAUAUUAAUGAGGUGUGAGAUUGGGCCUGGGCAGGAAUGUCUGCUGUCUUUACCCCCGCGCUGGCUCAAGUUUGUGAGUCUCGUGACAUGUAAAUUUGUAAAUUUUAUGCGGUAAAAGUAAGUCAGUCCGAUGUUAAAUUUCCGCAUGUAUACAUGUACUCGGUUUGCUAUAUAUGAUUUGAACGGUCGAACAACCACGUGACGACAUUUAGUUUCACAAUUUCUUGUUUCGAACACGAUACUGAUGCAUAUAAACACAUGAUUGAUUUGAAGUAUCAAUAUUGUUUUUAUAGAUAUUUGGUGGAAGGUACUUUUAUAUCCAAGCUUAUAAAGCUCUGCGACAUAGAGGAGCAAAUAUGGAUGUCUUAAUAAUGUUGGCGACAACGAUAGCUUAUGUUUACUCGGUAUGUUUUCACUUUCUUCCUGGUAGUGAAAUUAAUCUAUGACGUCAUAGGCAGAGCAGAAAUUUUGAAAUCUUGAAAAAUCCUGACAGCAUUGAACUUAAUCGUCCUAAAGAAUUUUCAGAUCAAAUUGUAAAAUUUGUAACCGAAAUGUCGCUAGUUUCAAUCAAUUUUGGCUGUGAUCAUCACCCUACCAAUUACUUCAUCUUAUGUAAAAAACAGGCAAAACUAAAAUAUAUAACAACGAAUACAGAUAUCGAAAAAAGUGUAAAAUAAUAACUUUGUAAUUUUAUACAAUUAAAAUUUCCAAUGCCGAUGUCUUUUCACAGGUGGCAGUGUUGAUCAUUGCAAUGGUGUUGAAAUUAUCAAAAAGUCCAAAGACCUUCUUUGAAACGCCACCGAUGUUGUUGGUGUUUGUAUCCCUGGGUCGCUGGCUGGAACAUAUCGCGAAGGGAAAGACCUCCGAAGCUCUUGCAAAAUUGUUAUCUCUUCAGCCAAUAGAAGCAACCUUGUGUGUUAUUGACCCCGAAACUGGAAAUGUUUCAAGUGAAAAAUCUAUCAAUGUUGACCUUGUUCAACGUGGAGAUGUUUUAAAGGUAACAGAGCUUUAGAUUUAUCUAAUAUGGACAACCUUGGGUACUUGAGUAAAUUGGUUAUUAGUGCUUUCCUACUGUAUAAUUCCAGUCGAUUUAUUAACUGUUGGGUCCACGAUUGUGCAUGGAUCCCCAAUUAUUCAACUGUAUUCAUGCUAUUAUUUGCUAGGUUGUCCCGGGUGGUAAAAUGCCGGUAGAUGCACGAGUCAUACGUGGUGAAUCAAUGGCAGAUGAAUCACUCAUUACUGGCGAGUCAAUGCCAGUUCCAAAGCAUGUUGGAGAUAUAGUUAUAGCUGGUUCUAUCAACCAAAAUGGCGCAUUAAUACUGGAGGCAACUCAUGUGGGAGACGAGACAACUCUUUCGCAAAUUGUGAAGCUUGUUGAAGAAGCUCAGACUUCCAAGGUACAGUAUAUGUUUCAUGACAUACUGUGAUACCCAUGCAUGAAUGUUCAGUCUUAAAUAUGGAAAAACAUUCGCUGUACUGAAACCGAAUCAGUAAACUAUGCUGUCAUGCAUAUAGUAGAACAUUGUUUUCAGAUUAUGCUGACCGAUAUCGUAUUUUUAUAGUUAAAAUAUUUAGAAAAAUUUUUGAUUUAUGGAAGCUGGAUGCCAUGAACUUGACAACCCCAGAUGUACAACAUCUAGUACCCGUACUGUCAAUAUGUACUGGACAGCCUAGUAUAGUGGAGUGCGCCAUUGUCUGCCUAAUUUAUUUUUAAAACAAAUAUGGUUUAGCCUGUUUUUUAUAUAAUUUGCCCUAAAGGUAAAAAUGAGAACAUAUUUGUACACUUCUAAAACUACGGUAUAAGUUACAUUUUCCCUCGUAUGGUUUAUUAACCAUGGUCUCGAUAGCUGAUAAUUAUACAAUCCCCUCAAUAAAAUGACACGUGCUUUCUUUCUAUUCAGGCACCUAUCCAGAAACUAGCAGACUCCAUAGCUGCAUAUUUUGUUCCAGUCAUAGUGCUGCUUUCUAUUGUUACGUUGAAUAUCUGGAUAAUUAUUGGAUACAGUGAUAUUAGAGCUAUAAGCCCGUCAUUUGAUGUGAGUACUGAUGAAAGGCCGAUGAGUAUGAGAGGAUUUCACAAAUGAGCUACGUUUGAGGUUGAGCGGUUGAAGGUGCUCUUGGACGAUCGCCUCAUUUUAAAGAAACACAAUACAUAUACGUCCACUCACCGUGAAAGUGCCAAAAAUUCAAUAAACGUCAACCAAAAGCUUUGUCUAUACCUUUCAAGCCAUGUUCAUUUUCUAUUAACUACAGUAGGAGAAGUAACGUACUAACCACAUCUAACAACCAAUUGUAGACAAAACGUCGUUAAAGAUUUUUUACAUCUUGCUUUAAAUCUUAAAUAUAUUAUUGAUGAAAACCAUCUACUGUGCGUCAUCUUCGAGAAUUUAUUUUGAAUUUUUGACCUCGACAGUAUGGCUUGGGCAAGGCGGGACGACGUCAAAACAUGGUUAGCCUUAUCUGAACUACCAUUUAUCGUCAAUGUAGAUGUUUAAAUAUAAUUGUUACUUGUCAUGGAAAUUAAAACAGCCACCCAAGUCCUUUGGCCUCUUUUGACCAAUGGUUAUCAAGAUGAAAAUUUUGCGCGAACCUUUUACGACGUAACAUGCAUGUCCACUAUAUAAUCGAAGAUGUCGCGCUGCUCAUAUUGAUUCAUGGUAAUUUCAAUCAUGAAGAAAUAUUUCCAAAAUUAUAAAUUAAAAUGAUAAUUUGAAUUUAUAAUUUUAAUUUAUAAUAUUUUUUUCUUGACAUUUUGAAAGUUAUAUGUAGAAAAUUAUAAUACAUUUCUACCACCAUUAUCUUUUCCUGAUGUUUUUGUAAAAUGUAUUUCUCUGCUUUGUAGCCUUCGUCGACCAGUAAAACAGAAAUAAUUCUGGAAUUUGCUUUCCUAACCGCCAUUACUGUGUUGUGUAUUGCGUGUCCGUGUGCCUUGGGGUUGGCGACCCCUACCGCUGUUAUGGUAGGCACUGGUGUGGGGGCUCAGAAUGGCAUAUUGAUAAAAGGAGGAGAACCGCUAGAGACAACUCACAAGGUUAGUGUUGUAUGAACUUUAAUUUAAACAUGUAAUUGAACUGGGCUGACGAUGCCACGAAAAAAAUUUCAAGACUACGUUUGCACCAAAGCGAUUUGUCAUUUAUCCUCCUUUCCAAUAACAGUGACAAUGACAAUUUUUAUUAAGUACCAGGCAGAUAUUACAAUUGCCAAUAUGACAUAAUUAAAUUAUACUUUUUUCAAGGUACAAGCUAACUGAAAUAACCAUUAUUGGCUAAACUAUAGUCAUGCAUGCAGUAUAGCUUUACUAUAUAAAUUACAUAUACAGGCAGGGCGCGAAAUAACGGCCAAUCAACACACAUUGUCCGGCCAGAAUGUGGAGUUGUCUGGUCAAAUUCUUGCCUUGUCGGUCAUUUUGACCGGUUACUUUCGGUAAAAGAGAGAGAAGCGGGUAACAAAAAUUAUGAAAAAAGCGAGUGAUUGUUACUUAUACUUAAAACGUUUAGUGGAUGUUCAAAGAAUGUAUUGUUAAUCGGGUAUCGCUAUUCGAUCAUGAUCAGCUCGACCCGAAGCUGAGAUCAGUCACUUUUAAUUAGAUGUAAACUGUACUUGUACUUAUACUGUACGCUCAUUACAGUUUACCCAGCAGCUAAUAACGAGCCAAAAUGUCUAAAAUAAUGUAAUUAUGUAUUUCCUUAGUCCGUUUUGUAACAUGAUUAUUUGAAUGCUCUUCUUGUGCUUUACCAGAUUACCACUGUAAUUUUUAUAAGACUGGAACCCUGACUAAUGGGCCGGGACACCUUCUGUUACAAAAGUUGCCAUGUUUGUUGACGUAAUUCCUUAGUCAUUUUUGUAACAUGAUUAUUUGAAUGCUCUCCUUGUGCUUUACUAGAUUACCACUGUAAUUUUUGAUAAGACUGGGACCCUGACUAAAGGGACACCUUCUGUUACAAAAGUUGCCAUGUUUGUUGACGAAGAAGUGUGUCCAAUGAAUUUCUUCCUUGCCGUGGUUGGUACUGCUGAAGCAAACAGUGAACAUCCUCUAGCACAUGCUAUCAUCAAUGACGCCAAAGAGGUAAGUUAGUUGUAACUGGACACCGCGACUCAGGGUGGUCCGUUCUCUGAACUAUACAGUGUGUAGCUUCUCAAAUAUAUGCGUAUACUGACAUUUGCCAGUCGUGUCGGGAUAUGACGUCAGCAAUGUAAAUUCAUGCCCUCAACAAUCGCCACCAUCACAGCUGUGUAAUAUUUUGUACUUAAGGUUUACCAAAAGUAAUUCGUAUAGUAUACAACAACAACUUAAUUUUCCCAAUGAAAUUUGCAGGAAAUAAGAGCCAAUUAACCUUCAAUUACAACAAUAGCGAGACAAUAAAUUUUACUCUACAGCGGCAGACAAUCCUGUUUAGGAUAACUAUUUCAUCUUGCAGGGAUAUUUUGGAUCCAUAAGGUGUAUAAUGUCAGUGGUAAUGUUAUUUAUGUUAGGGUUAUACGGAUCUAAAUUACCCCCGCAAGAUGAAGACCUGCCUGUUUAGUGAAGGAAACGUUAUGAAAAUUAUGUUUUCUAUUCUGGGAAUUAGUAUUUGCUCGAGUUAGCCAUAUCUGUCUACUUUACCUAGGAUUUCAGUUCAGUUUGAUGUCAGUAUAGUGCGGUAUUGCAAAGAACAUUGUAUAUUAUAGAAACUUGGGAAGACUACGUUUGGUACAUGUGACAAGUUCGUAUCUAUACCUGGUUUCGGUUUAUCUGGAGUUGUGUAUGAUAUUGAUCAACAAUUCACGAGAGCAGAAGUGAGCAAAAGCACUUCGUCUGUGAGAGGUUAGUUCAGUCUGUUCUCGAUUACCAUAUAUUAUUUAAACUCAUUAUAAUGUUCAUUGCGCUAAAAUGAUGACUAGUUUGGGACGUUUCAAAUGGGUUUACACGGUUUCUGCCUGAAUUUAAACUUCAUAGAUUAUAUAUUCGAGGGGAAUCAUUGCCUCUCGUUUGGUUAUCAUUACAGAAACAGGAAAUAAGAAGCACCUAUACCUUGUGAAAGGAUAUAGCUGAGCUUUAACGUGUUAUAUUCUAUGAAUUUUCCCGUGCGUGUAUUAUGCAGGUGUCUUUGUGGGUGUUCAUUGGAGAGAGCUGGGUUUAAUAGAGAAGGGGCUUAUUGAUUUUACUCAACAUGUAAGAAACCCAGUAAGCUAACGUGAAAUUUCAGCUCAAUUUACAAAUCUAUGCAACGUGUUUCCUUGUUGUGAGGAGAUUUCUUUUGUGAUGUAUUUUCCCCUUACCAGAGGGACCUUAUUUGAGGAGGGAGAGCGGUAGAUAGAGGAUUUACUACAGUAUUCGCUCCCUUCCCGCUAGCCUUUCUCAUCUUUUAUCUCAUAUGCUAUAUAUUUUUACUGUCACAGACGAUGAAAGUAUUUGGAAGCGAAGAAGUUUGAUUAAAGGUAAGAUCACAUGUUCAUUUAGUUUUGGAAAAGUAAUCAAGCUCAAUUGCUCACGACUCAACAGUUUUCCUGUUGUCUUUAGCUGCAUGUUUUUAAUAUGUACAUAUCACUUUACACCUAUUAGUAUGAAGUAGGUAAUAUUUAUAUAGGAUUGCAUCAUUGUUUAGAAUCAUCUGAUGGCAGAUAUUCAGUUAAAAUUGGUAAUCGUGAAUGGAUGUUAAAACAUGAGCACGAGGUGUCUGAAGAAAUCAAUAUACGUAUGCAAGAACACGAGGAGAAGGGCGAAACGGUUGUACUUGUUUGUAUUGAUGGUAAGUGUAGCUAAAUCUUGGAUUAAUUUUUACACAGGACUGUCUCUAUGUUUCAUAACGAUCUCCAAUGUGUCCAAUUACAGUAUAGACCACAGGCCUAUAAUUAGGCAAAUUUAAUACCUAAAACAACGUUGCGGCUGGGGCAUACAUCUCCAUUCCAUCCAGUCACUCAUUGUUCUCACCGUUUCAUAUCCAUAUCCCAUAAUCGGGUUUGGAUUACUUGGAUGUUUUGAGAGGCACAUGCAUGGUUUGUUACUGUGAAUUCACUAUUAUUCACUUUGUCAAAAAAUUUAAGUGAUUUCACAGAGACCAUGUGUUUUCAUAGUAAAUUAAAGUAGCCUCGUGAUCAGGCACGUUAAGUUGUUAUGUCGCAAUUAGAAAGCACCCUAUACCCAAGUAUUCCUCAGGCAUUAAUUGUAAACCUCGACAUUAAAUAUUCUGUUAAUUUUAAAUUCAGAUCUUGUAGUUGGCAUGAUGUGUAUAGCGGACUCGGCUAAACCGGAGGCCAUACCAGCUGUUUCUGCUCUACAAAGAAUGGGAAUAAAAGUCGCCAUGUUGACUGGAGACAACACACGCACUGCUUGGGCGAUUGCGCAGCAGGUACUGUGUGUAUUACAUACCUUGAAAAGUAU